GGCGGGCAUCGAACGUCAGUAUAUUGAAUAAAUAUUUUCAGUUGAACAUCACAAUCCGUUCAAGUCGCGGAUAACUCCGAAUAAAAGUUUUUGUCUUUCGAGUCUGUAGCAGUAAAACACAAAGCCAGCCACCAUGGAUGCCAUCAAGAAGAAGAUGCAAGCGAUGAAAGUCGACAAGGAUGGAGCAUUGGAACGUGCUCUCGUCUGCGAGCAGGAGGCACGCGAUGCCAACACCCGCGCCGAGAAGGCCGAGGAGGAGGCUCGCCAGCUGCAAAAGAAGAUCCAGACCGUUGAAAACGAAUUGGAUCAGACCCAGGAAGCGCUCACCCUUGUCACUGGCAAGCUGGAGGAGAAGAACAAGGCCCUGCAGAAUGCCGAAUCUGAGGUCCUUGCAUUGAACCGUCGCAUUCAAUUGCUCGAAGAAGACUUGGAACGCUCUGAGGAGCGUCUGGGUUCCGCCACAGCCAAGCUGUCGGAAGCCUCUCAGGCCGCCGAUGAGAGCGAACGGAUACGAAAAGCGCUUGAAAAUCGUACAAAUAUGGAAGACGACAAAGUAGCUCUAUUGGAGAACCAAUUAGCGCAAGCAAAAUUAAUUGCAGAAGAAGCUGAUAAGAAAUAUGAAGAGGUGGCCAGAAAAUUAGUGCUCAUGGAACAGGACUUGGAGCGUUCCGAGGAAAAGGUUGAGCUUAGCGAAAGCAAAAUUGUGGAGCUUGAGGAGGAGCUGCGCGUUGUCGGCAACAACUUGAAGUCCCUGGAGGUCUCUGAGGAGAAGGCCAACCAACGUGAGGAAGAGUACAAGAACCAAAUCAAGACCCUGAACACUCGUCUAAAGGAGGCUGAGGCACGCGCUGAAUUCGCUGAACGUUCCGUUCAGAAAUUGCAGAAGGAAGUCGACAGGCUCGAAGACGACUUGUUGAACGAACGAGCCAAGAACAAACUGCUGCAGGAGGAAAUGGAAACCACUUUACAUGACAUACAGAACAUGUAAACAAAUAAUUUGCUUAUGUAAAUUAACUAAACUGCCUGCUUUGACGUCAAUACAGAAAACUGGCGCUUUCCAUAUUAUAAUAAUAGAAACACCCACACAAACACAAACACACACACACACGCACACGCACACGCACAUUCUGAGACACACAGGACAACACCAAGUGUCUUCCAUGCAAAGAAAGAGUGAACGCCAAUUUUGAUAAACUCUAAAGGAAAACGUUAAUUAUUAAGCGGUAAACUCAAAGAAAAGCAGACAAGAAAGAAAAGAAAAAAUAUCACCAUAAAAAGACAAAAAAAAAGACAAAAGAAAAUUGUUCUCUUGUAGCAAACGCAUUCCAAAUUUACACAUGUUUGCAUAGAUGUGUGUGUAUUACGCACACGCUCAUGCAUACUUUCAAGCAGUGCAAGCCGUUGACUGGGCGCUGUCCGCGUUGCGCUGUGAAUGGCACACGCUUGGUCGCUGUCAUUUCGAAUGGCAAAAAUGGCGGCACUUUUAACACUCGAUGCUUUAUACAAAACUGUUGCAAUAUUUUGUUUUAACAUUUUCUUUCUUUCUUUUUCUUUGCUUUUUCUGCCUAUACUUUUUGGUUUGAUAUUGAUUGAACAAUAAUUAUUAAAAGAUGACAAAAGACACAACUUGCAAAUUAGUUUACGUGUUAUUAUUUAUACAAUUUGUAUGUAAAGUAAAAAGGGAAAGAUUUGUAUUUUUGUCGCCAGCCUAACUACUGUAUUAAUUAUGCUAAUAUUUACAUUGUUUAUACAAUUUAAACAAAUCGUGUAUGCAGAACGUUGUGUAAUAUUUGCUUAUUUAUAAGUUGCCACGCCUAUUAUUUAGAAACAAAUUCAAAGCAAAUACAUAAACAAAUAAAUCAAAUGCAAACAAACAAAUACGACAAGAAAAAUGACCCGCACACAGCGCACUUCAUUCCAAUUUUAAGCAUUCACAAUUAGACAGUUCUUAACAUCCUUCUAUAUAUGUAUUUGAAAUUGAAAAAAAUCAAAAACAAAAAAAAAAAAAACAAUAAGAAAAAUUAUUAUCUCUUCGCUAACUGGCUGAAAAUGUGUUCUUGCCCUAGUGAGCAAGUUAAAAGGAAAAUACGAACGUAACAUUAAAUGUCAUUAUAACGAAUGAAAUGAAAAACAAUU